AGGCGUGUCUUAGAAAGGGGGUUGGGUGCGAGGUAACAUGGUGGUUUGGUUAUCGCCUAUCAGCCAUAGACAGAAGAAGGUUGGAGUGACUGAGCGCUUGAGUGGUCGGCUUUUUAUUUUCAUUUUUCCUUUGAUUUUGUGCUUUCGUUUGUCUUCAAAAUGGAGAUGGAGAAGAGGAUCAGUUUGGAGUUGAGGAACAAGACCCCAGCCGAGGUGGCUGAGCUGGUGGUGGACAACUGUCGGUCCAGUGAUGGAGAGGUGGAAGGGCUGUCAGAUGACUACAAGGAGCUGGAGUUCCUCAGCAUGGUCAACGUGGGGCUCACCUCCCUGGCUAAGCUGCCCUCCCUGCCAAAACUGCUCAAGCUGGAGAUCAGUGAUAACAUGAUCGUUGGAGGCCUGGACCAGCUGUCUGAGAAGUGUCCCAACCUGACGUAUCUCAACCUGAGCGGCAACAAGAUCAAGGAGCUCAGCACUGUGAAGCCUCUGAAAAACCUGAAGAACCUGAAGAGUCUGGACCUGUACAGCUGUGAGAUCACCACUCUGGAGGACUACAGGGAGAGUGUCUUUGAGCUGCUGCCCCAGGUCACCUUCCUGGACGGCUAUGACCACGAAGACAACGAGGUGCCAGACUCAGAGGCUGACGAUGAUGACAACGAGGGGCUAGACUCAGAGGCUGAUGAUGAUGACGAGCACACAGCCGGCCCCACCAGAGAUGGGGACGAUGACGAGGAUGAUGAGGGUUCCGAGGGUGAAGAGGUGGGACUGUCCUACCUGAUGAAGGAUGGCAUUCAGGAUGAGGAAGAUGAUGAUGACUAUGUUGAAGAGGAGGAGGAAGAGGAUGGAGUAGGAGUCCAGGGAGAGAAACGGAAGAGGGAUGCGGAGGACGAGGGAGAUGACAGCGAUGGAGAUGACGACUAGCCCCUCCUGUAACAGCAUAGGAUCACAACUAGGCUAGAACAACAGGAACAGGAAAUAGUUUGUGAAUAUCUUUUUUUUGUGUACCAUAGAUAUUACUGUAGAAUCUAAGUGUUUUAAUUUGUUUUGUACAUGUUCCAUACAAAAAGGAAAGCGGUUUAGAAUUAUAAAAUGGAAUGUGGUUUUGGAACAUGACAGAUGUGAGGAGGGGCUAUAGAGUUCAGACAAGGUGAUGUUUGAGAAGUUGUAGUGGCCCAUUUCAACUCCAUCUGGUUGUGAUUGUCUCCUAUGCCAUGUUCUCCCAAGACUUUAGUUGUCAAGCGAAAAGCUCCAUGUGCUGUCUGGUUGGCUCAUAGUAAUGUUUAUAUGGGAGGAGCUAUAGGAGGACAGGCUCAUUGUUAUGGCUAGACUGGAAUCAAUGGAACGAUGUAUAUAUUUUUUAACAUUUAUUUAACUAGGUAAGUCGGUUAAGAACAAAUUCUUAUUUACAAUGACGGCCAAACCCUGACCCGGACAACGCUGGGCCAAUUGUGCGCCGCCCUAUGGGACUCCCAAUCAUAGCCGGUUGUGAUACAGCCUGGAAUUGAACCAGGGUCUGUAGUUACACCUCUAGCACUGAGAGCAGUGCCUUAGACCGCUGUGCCACUCUGGUAUCAACCACAUCAAACAUAUGGAAACCACACGUUUGACUCGGUUCCAUUCCAGCCAUUACAAUCCUCCUGUAGCUACUCCCACCAGCCUCCACUGGUUUAUAUGUAGACAGGUGGCCAACGAGUAAUGUUUAACAGUGACCCGGGCAGAAAGGAACCUUAGUGAGUUGUUAGCCCCUCCUAUCUGUUCACCUACACUAUAUGUACCCUACCUGUGCUGUAUUGUAGGGAUUGCUGACUGUUUCCUAAGUACUUUGUUUAGGCCCUGGGAUUUGAUACCUUUAAAGUUUGUCCGGUCGCGGUGUCAUCAAUUCACUUUUAAUUCCACAAUCAAACAGCCAACUUGUAAGUUUUUUUUUUUUUUUUAAUGUAUUGUGCUAGGGCUGCAGAUGACUCUGGGCGAUGUAGUUUUCAGGUCACUGGGUAAUGUAGUUUUCAGGUCUCUUACUAUAGCGCUGAUCGUCAUCAAGGAAGCCCUAGAGGUGUGUUUAAAGAGCUAAUUCGUAUUCAGGCUACACUGAGUUAAUUCUGGACCAGUUUAGUGACAUACUAAAGCUCAGGUGGACCCAAUCUCUGAGAAGGACCUGGUGAUAAACAGGUACACAGUUAAUGGUCUCAUCUUUCCUGAAUCCAACUUGGUAUCCUGGACUUCUGUCAUAUCCCAAUGGGGGAAAAAAAUAUUUUCUGCCUCCUUUUUGUUUCUGUUUGGAGUUUUAUGGUUUUACUGUGCAAGAAUUUGAAACUUGUAUGACUAUGUAAAUAGACCUUUUAUCUUUUCUGUGUAGUGUUUGCUUGUUUUUUUUUUUGUUUUUUUUAAACAUGCAAUAUCUGUCCUUUUUUAUUUUUAAUAAACACAAAGCACAUGUCAGGAUGUAAAGCUUCAGACCCCGACGCUCAAUUUUUUUUUUUUUUUUUUGGGGCCUCAGCUGUUGAGAAAGUCAUGUUUUGGAAUUUAUGUUAAUUCAUCUUCUGAAGUGUUUUUAAAUAAAAAUAAAUUCUGUUAAUUCUUAUGUUAA